AGGAGCGGGCGUGGCCUGCCUCUGCGCCUGUGCGGAAUUCCAGCUGCGACUGCUGAGGGAGAAAAUGAUACCCAGGUUGGGCUCCCCGGCCCACCAGCCGAGGAGAGGCCUGCGCUGCACACGCGCAGACCGAGCAUCCGCGUCAAGAGGCGAAGAGAGCGCGCGCUCCCCACGUCCUGCGCGCCUGGCUGCCAGGCAUUCGUUUCAGCCGUGACCCUCGCCAGGCCGGGGCUGGCGCGCCCACGUCUGAAGAGCGAUGCCCCGGGAGAUCAUCACCUUGCAGCUGGGCCAGUGCGGCAACCAGAUUGGGUUCGAGUUCUGGAAACAGCUGUGCGCCGAGCAUGGUAUCAGCCCCGAGGGCAUCGUGGAGGAGUUCGCCACCGAGGGCACUGACCGCAAGGACGUCUUUCUCUACCAGGCAGACGAUGAGCACUACAUCCCUCGGGCCGUGCUGCUGGACCUGGAACCCCGGGUGAUCCACUCCAUUCUCAACUCCCCCUAUGCCAAGCUCUACAAUCCAGAGAACAUCUACCUGUCGGAACAUGGAGGAGGAGCUGGCAACAACUGGGCUAGCGGAUUCUCCCAGGGUGAGAAAAUUCAUGAAGACAUCUUUGACAUCAUAGACCGAGAAGCAGAUGGAAGUGACAGUUUAGAGCUCCAGAACAGCUCCAGAGUGAUAAAGGGCUUCGUGCUGUGUCACUCCAUCGCUGGGGGUACGGGUUCUGGCCUGGGCUCCUACCUCCUGGAGCGACUGAAUGACAGGUACCCCAAGAAGCUAGUGCAGACUUACUCGGUGUUUCCCUACCAGGACGAGAUGAGCGACGUGGUGGUUCAGCCCUACAAUUCACUCCUGACACUCAAGAGGCUGACGCAGAACGCAGACUGUGUGGUGGUGCUGGACAACACAGCCCUGAACCGGAUUGCCACAGACCGCCUGCAUAUCCAGAACCCGUCCUUCUCCCAGAUCAACCAGCUGGUGUCCACCAUCAUGUCGGCCAGCACCACCACCCUGCGCUACCCCGGCUACAUGAACAAUGACCUCAUCGGCCUCAUCGCCUCGCUCAUUCCCACCCCACGGCUCCACUUCCUCAUGACCGGCUACACCCCGCUCACUACGGACCAGUCAGUAAGAGCAGCCUUCAGUGUGCCAGGCCAGGCCGGCCCUGGGCCCAACAGGCCCUGCCCUAGCCUUUCUCUCUUCCCCACUGCCCCAGGAGCUGCCCUUUGCGGGCCCCAAGGCACUGCCCUCAGGGACUGGCACAGAGCAGGCGACUUUCUUGCUGACUUGCUCUCCACCCUCCCUCUGCCUUUGGCUUCUGCCAAAGAGAAGCCAAAGGGGGACUGUGCCCUGAGCGCUGGCCGGGUCCCUGUCUCACUGUCCCAUCAGGUGGCCAGCGUGAGGAAGACUACGGUCCUGGAUGUCAUGAGGCGGCUGCUGCAGCCCAAGAACGUGAUGGUGUCCACAGGCCGAGACCGCCAGACCAACCACUGCUACAUCGCCAUCCUCAACAUCAUCCAGGGAGAGGUGGACCCCACCCAGGUCCACAAGAGCCUGCAGAGGAUCCGGGAACGGAAGUUGGCCAACUUCAUCCCGUGGGGCCCCGCCAGCAUCCAGGUGGCCCUGUCGAGGAAGUCUCCCUACCUGCCCUCGGCCCACCGGGUCAGCGGGCUCAUGAUGGCCAAUCACACCAGCAUCUCCUCGCUCUUUGAAAGUUCCUGCCAGCAGUUUGACAAGCUGCGGAAGCGGGAUGCCUUCCUCGAGCAGUUCCGUAAGGAGGACAUGUUCAAGGACAACUUUGAUGAGAUGGACAGGUCUAGGGAGGUUGUUCAGGAGCUCAUUGAUGAGUACCAUGCAGCCACCCAGCCAGACUACAUUUCCUGGGGCACCCAGGAGCAGUGAUUUCCCUCCCCACUACUCCUUCUGGAUGGGAACCACAGCCUCGACCAUGCCUGCUCCCUCUGACCAAACUUCACCUCAUGAACAACCCUUCUUGGUUCAUCUCCAGCCCAUGAGCUGGUCCUGCUUCCUCCCUUCCAUGCCCUAACUCUUAAUAUGUUUGUUCAGCUCUAAUAAAGUAAUAAAGCUUGGUUGUCCGUAUA